AUGUGCUAUCAUAGUGUUAUUACAUUCCGCAACAUCGAAAUUUUGAGACAAAACGGUGUACCGGAUUCGAAAAUUGUGUGGGUAUGUACUUAUUAUCCUCGGUUACUCGAGGCAAAGCCUGAUAGAUUAAAUGAGGUAUUGGAGGAUGUUAAGAAAAUUGGGUUCAACCCUUCAAAAUUCCAAUUUGUUAUAGCAAUUCAGGCAUUGAUGGCGAGCAAAUCAACAUGGAAAAGGAGGAUGGAGGUUUAUAGGAAGUGGGGUUGGUCUGAGGAAGAAACAAUGUUGGCUUUUACAAAACAUCCUUGGUGUAUGAUGAUAUCCGAGAAGAAAAUAAUGGUGGUGCUGAAUUUUUAUGUCAACACAAUGGGUUUGAUUAAGGAACCCAUUAGCAUAUGGACAUUGUUGGAUUCCACGGAGAGUUUGUUCCUCAAGAAGUUUGUGACCUGUUAUGAGGAAGCUCCUCAGUUGUUGAAACUAUAUCAAGAAAAAUUGGACCUUUCAAAAUUACAUGGUCGUGAUUAUGAUGGUAAGAGUGGCUCAUAUCUUCUUCCUAACUGA